UCUUAAUACCAACAAAAAAAAAAAAAAAAAAUUCUCUCAUCUCUCUGCUCUCUUCUCUCAAAGUUCUCACCUUUUGAGAUUAUUACAAAGAACACAAAAGUACAGUUUCUUUAUUCCCUUUUUGUAACACUUUAAACAUCAUCACUCUUGAAUACUUCAAAUCUCCGGUCAACAAAAUAAAAUGAGUUCAAUUUCUUAAAUAAAGUUUCAAUCUUUUCCAAAAACCCAUUUCAGAUUCGUUCUUUGAGAAAAACAUGAGAAAGACUUCUGUUUCAUCGAAUAGCUUUGGUGGGUUUUUAAGUCCCGGAGCUCCGAGUUACGCCGAUAACAAAGGUUGGAGCUCCGAGAGAGUUCCUCAUCCUUCGUCGACCACUUCCAACUCGGUAACUAACGGUGGUCGUCGUCACAUCGGCUCUGCUUCUGCUUUAACGACGCCGUUUUACAGCGGCAGAGCUAUACCUUCGAAAUGGGAAGAUGCUGAAAGGUGGAUUUGUAGUCCUGUGGCGACAUACCCACAAGUUGUUUGUAAAAAUUCCUCAGUGAGUUCUCAGUUUUCUGAACAGAGACGUCAGAAAUCUAAAAGUGGUCCGAUUGUUCCUCCUACGUUGCCUCAUCCGCAACCGACGUCUUCUUCUUCGGCUAUUGGGUGUUAUCACUAUUCUCCGAGGAUGAUGAUGCGUUCCAUGGAAGCUCCUCCCAAGGGUUUAAUGGUCGCUGGUUCUCCGUUUUCCACUGGAGUUUUGGAGGCGGAUAGGGUUUUCAGAGGAAGUGUCGGUGGUGGUGGUGGUGGUGGUGGUUGUGAUGGCUAUGGUCAUGGACCUGGCCAUGGACAUAGCCGGAGCUGGGUUGAUUUGAUGAGUGAGGAAACUUCUUCACUUAGCUCCAAAACUGAUACAGAGGAGGAGAAAGCAGAGAUGACGACGGCGAUGCAAUCUCCGGUGGUGUCAAGAAGAGAUAUGGCUACUCAGAUGAGUCCAGAAGAGAUGAGUCCUAAUAACAACCAGUCUCCACCAUUGGUUGUUUCUGUGAUUGAGCCUCCUCCUUGUAGAGGUGAAGUGAGAGAAGUGAAAAUGGAUAAAGGAGCAAGAAUGAUUAAGCGUCCAAAGAGACGAGUUAUGUCUUCUAGGAUUAUUAGGAGAGAGCAACCUGAGGUUGAAGACAAUUCUGAAGCUUCUGCUUCUUCUUCUUCUUGGGAUAUCUCGGAACCAGCCAUGACUCUUUCUAAGUUGCAAAGAGAGGAAGCGAAGAUAGCAGCUUGGGAAAAUCUGCAGAAGGCGAAAGCAGAAGCCGCCAUUAGAAAACUCGAGGUGAAGCUGGAGAAGAAGAAAUCAGCAUCAAUGGAUAAGAUCUUGAACAAGCUUCAAACAGCUAAGAUCAAAGCACAAGAAAUGAGGAGAAGUUCAGUAUCUAGUGAACAUGAACAACAAGGGAAUCAUCAAAUCUCCAGAAACUCGGUGAAGAUCACUCAUCUCGUCCGAAGACAUACUUUCAUGACUCCUUUCAUGACUUGCUUUGCUCCUCGUGUUGAUUGCAGAAAAUCUUCUUCUGCUCUCUGAAGUUUUUAUUGAAAAGACAAUUUGAACAAAGAAAAACAAAAUGUACACUGCAAAAUUUUCUUGUAAAGCUUUCUUCUUUGUUCAAACA